ACGAAUUCAAAAGAACGGGAGAGGAUGGCGCAGUAGCAGGGCAGCAAAUAUAUCCCCGAUAGAAAGAUAUUAAUAAAUAAUCAAUCGCGAGCACUGAGACCUUCAGACUCCGUUAAAGAUGGGGGAGGAGAAGAGGCAUCAGAUGAUGCAGAACUUGUUCGGCGAUCAGUCCGAAGAAGAAGAAGAGAUCGAUUCUGAGCACGAAUCCAAUCCCCAGCCCAAUUAUGCUUCUGGUUUCCUUCCUUUGCAGGAUGAAGCUGAGGGAGAGCUGAGGAAUGACGGUGAAGGUGAAGGUGAAGUUGACGGGCAGGAGGAUGUACAUGUGGAAAGUGAAGGUGAAAUGCGUGAAGUAGAACCUGAUCCUGGAGAAAGUGAGGGUGAAAGAGAACAAAGUUCCCAGGAGGUAGAUAUCGGUGAUCAGAGGGAUGAAAGUGAUGCAAAAGAUUCUGACAGUGAUGCUAAAGAAGAGUAUGGUCACAGAGUGGCUACCAGCCGCAGACGUGAUGUAAUUGAAAGUGGUUCAGAGGAACAUCAUUAUGUUGAUCAUGAAGAUGAGGAGGUCGAUCAAGCUAGAAGUCCAAGCAUAUCACCUGAGGAGGAGAAAGAUCAUGCUCAAAAUGCACAAUCGGCCCCUGCGAUUCGUGAUGUGUUUGGGGACUCUGAGGAUGAAGAAGAGGAUGCAUAUGCAGUUCGUAAUGACAUUGAGCAAGAUUCUAAUAGGUCUCCUAUGGAAGAGGAGGAAAGCUAUGAAAAGAACCUGAGACCAGAGGAUAUGCUAGCUGACGAAGAUGCUCAAUAUGAGUCAGAAGAGGAGAACCGAGAGGCUAAACCUAAAGAGAAGCCACUUGGCCCCCCAUUGGAGAUAGAGAUGCCAUUUCGCCCACCUCCAGCCGAUCCUAAGAAGAUGAACAUGAUUAAAGUAUCCAAUAUCAUGGGCAUUGACCCAAACCAAUUUGAUCCUAAGACGUAUGUGGAAGAGAAAACAUUUGUGACAGAUGAAUCUGGAGCUCAAAAACGAAUACGCCUAGAAAACAAUAUUGUACGAUGGAGGACUGUUAAGAAUCCUGAUGGCUCGAAUUCGGUUGAAAGCAAUGCACGCUUCGUGAGAUGGUCUGAUGGUAGUCUACAGUUAUUAAUUGGGAAUGAAGUUCUUGAUAUAUCUGUGCAAGACGCGCAACAGGAUCAAACACACCUUUUUCUUAGACAUAACAAGUCGCUUCUUCAAUCACAAGGAAGAAUAUUAAGGAAGAUGAGGUUUAUGCCAUCAUCAUUGUCAUCAAAUUCCCAUAGGCUAUUAACUGCCCUUGUUGACUCUCGCCAUAGAAAGGCUUAUAAAGUUAAGAACUGCAUCACCGACAUCGAUCCUGAGAGAGAAAAGGAGGAAAAGGAAAAGGCUGAAAGUCAGACAAUAAGAGCAAAUGUACUUCUCAACCGAAAGAGGGAAAAGGUGAGCCGGAAAUAUACACCAACUGUAGAGAGGAGGCGCCAACUAUCACCAGGAUUUUUAGAGGGUGCUCUUGAUGAGGACGAUGAACCAGAUUACUAUAACUCUCGUCGUUCUCGCCGCUUUGAGGAAGAUUUGGAAGUUGAAGCUCGAGCAGAGAAACGCAUUAUGAAUGCUAAGAAGGGACAGAGAGACAUUCCGCGGAAGUCUGAUAUGUCUGCUGUGAAAUCAUCAAAACGCCCAGUGGAUUUCUCUGAUAGUGAAAGAGAGGAAUCUGAGUAUGAAACUGAUGGAGAUGAAUAUGAGAGGUCUCCAGUUCAUAAGAGGGUUGAUGAACCAGAGCAUGAGUAUGAAGAAGAGGAAGAACACUAUGAGGAAGACACAGAAGUUAAUGGAGCCUCAGAGGAGGAAGAGGAGCCAAAGCAAAAGGGGAAGGAAUUUGGCAGCAGUCGCAAGAGGAUUGGGUUUGAGUCGGAAGAGGACUCUCCUCCAAGAAAGAUUCAAUCAGGUCGUCGAAUGACAGUGGUGUAUGAUAGUGAUGAGGAAUGAAAACUAGGCUGAGAUGAAUGCUAUGUGAGAUGAUGCAUCCUCAAUCAAAACUCUUCCUCUUGUUUUAUUUUUUAAUGGUGUUAGACCUUGUUUGUUAAGGGUUUUUUCGGAUGAAUAUUCUAGCUUUCAAUUUGUAAUCACAUGAUGAAUGCUUUUCAAUUUUAUUUUGCCACGCAGUAUAAUCUUUUCUUGUAACUAUAAAGAUCCUAAAAUCGAAUGAUCAAUAUGCCUUCCAUACGUUCCAAUUA